AAUUAUUAAAUUUUUCUUAUCUCAACCCUUGACUUUUACAUUCCUUUCCGAUUCUCCUCCCCAUCCCUCUGAGUAGGGGGGAGUGAGCAAGCGGCUGCGUGGUGCUGGGUUGCUGGCUGGGGUUAAACUAUGACAGCUCGUCUGGCUGAGUUCUGUGCCUGAUCACCCCAGCGUGCCCUGUCCUCUCAUUAAAUGAUUUUCUUAGCUUUUUUUUUUUUUAGUGUAAUUUCACUCUCUAUCUUAAAUGCGAGUGCUCCAAGCUCUAAGGGCUAGCAGCUGGGUGUCGUGUGUGUGUGCGUAUUGUGUGAGUACAUAUGUCAGUGUGGAGAUGCUGAAGACAUUAAGCUGGAGUAGCUCCAGGUAUUGAAGCAGCCAUAUAUCUGGGCAGGAUGCUGGGGAGACUGGAGGGUCUGCAAAUUGGAUACUGGGGAUACUGGGAGGUCUAGAGCAGCUACUGGAGGGAUUGUGGGAUCUGGGGGUUGGCUACUGGUAAGGUUGUAAGUCUGGAGAAGCUGCCAGAGAAACCCACUGGUGUGUGUUUGUGUCUGUGCAUGAAGCAAUGGGGAGACUGGGGGAUCCAGGACAGCUGCUGCAGACGUGGCCUAAGGCCAAUAACGGGAGAAAUCUGUUAUGUAUGUAUGUAUGUGUGUGUGCGUAUACAUAUAUAUGUACCUAAUUUCCACUAACUUUCACCUGACUUUCAUCCUAAUCAGCCAGAGAGAGGAACAAGAUGAGAUCAUUGGUCCUGACUGUAUUUGCUUGAAUGAUUUUUGCCUGUGUCAAUCCAUGUGGCUGGACAUCUACAUAUGUAUAUAUGUUAUAUACAUGUUGCUUAUAUGUGUGUGUGUGUGUGCCUGUUGGGAAUCCAUGCUCAGCCUUGCUCCUAGAUGGACAUGGGGCAUAGAGCUGUAGUAGCCUCACCUCUGCUGGUUUUGGUAUUUGGGGCUACUGGAUCUGGCAGCUCCGAACAAGGACAGCAUUACCUUUUCAUCACACUAAGGGCUUACACGUAUAUUUUACUGAACAGGCAUGAUGCACUGGUGCAGCAGAGGAAAAAGUACAUUGGGAAAAUCCUUAAGGAGCAAUUAAGCCCAUCCGGGCUUUAGCUGCUAAAUUCUGCCAAGCCCUUACAUUGUGCAUACUGAAGCUUUAUAUACAUUUAUGAUUUAAUCAAGUUGGCGAGUUUUUCACAGGAUCAUCAAAAGAUAUCAAAAGACACUCCUAGUUGCUUGCCAAGAUACCAAAUCCAUGUGGGUUUGCUCCAACAGUACCACAGGGGGUACUACGCUUUCAGCAGCCCCCACGCUUCACCCCACACCAUAACAUGUUGCUGUGCCAUCACCAUCUACAGUCACUGUGCUGGUGAUGGUGAUACAGCCCUUUCAGGCACUUUAAAAUGAGACAAAAACCUGUUUAAAAAUACUUUUUAUUUUCUCCAGUCCCCACUGGCACUCAGAGGCGACCUAGGCAAAAUGCAGUCCAGUAUGGCUGUUGAGAUGGUCUACCAUGUAUGCCCAAGGAGUCCAGCCAGGAGAAAUGGUACUUCAAGGUCCAUCCUGUAGACAAGGCCAGAGAAGGGGCAAGAAGCCAGCACUGCUAUGGCAUAGCUCAGGCAGACCCAAAGCUGAACUGAAAUGAGGCUUCUGGUGAUGGGCUGUGGAGGGAAACCCAUGGUGAUGCUGGUCAAGACCAGGAAGGCUUGUUAGUGCCCUCAGGGCCCUUACAGGGCAUGCAUAAAUUUUUCAAAGAGCUGUCCAGAACACGUCAACAUGGGACCUCAGCAAUGAGCGCGAAAGCAUCCCAGCUUCUGGUACCCUGAGGUACCCCAGGAGGAAUUCCCCUGGAGAUCUGCUCUUCCCCUGCCAGAUCACCGCAGAACAGGAAUCCCCGAGAUGAGAUGGGGGUGGAUUGUGCAAUUCAAGUAAAUGGAGAUUAAGUGUGAAGUUCCAUGUGCUGUCCUCAUUUUGAAACCCUUGUUGGGUGCCUGACUGCAGCUUGCUGAUCUCUGCUAUCUGGUUUAUGUGAAGCACGUGGAAGUGCAUCCACAGAUGUGUUUCUGGUGAGAGAACACUAAUAUUAGAAAGUGGGGGUGGGAAGGGAAAAAAAAAAUAUCUGCCUGAUCUAUUUUUUUUUCUCCUUUUCUUCCCUUAUCUGUCUGAAUAAACUGUAUUGGUUGAUUUGGGAUUCUGAUGACACAGUAUCUGCCCUCCUCUUUGUGGAGGCAGACGGAAGGAAGUGGGCUAGAAAAUGAAAUAUCAGCUCCUAAAGUUGGGUCAGGUAAGCCAGCGCUAUGCUGCAAUGGAAAGGAUGGUAGUGGUUGAACUUCACUACAAAAAGGAGACCACUACUGGCUUUGACACACACGGAAUAGGUCUUUGAGAAGGAGAAUUCUUGUGUUCUGUCACCGUGUGCAUCCGCCUAAAGCAGCAGAGAGGUCGCCAUGACUUGUGCCAGCUAUGCUGCAGUGUUCAGAUCACUGCUUUUGGUGCUGGUCCUCGCACUCACUGUAAGGUGCUCACCCCGUGGGAGGGUAGUUCAUGCUCGACCGAGCAAGGACAGUGGCUCCCUGAGGCUAAGUGAAGAUUGCCUGAACCAAAAGGAUCUCAAAUUCCCUACAAUGGUGAAAGUUAACAUUCGUAUCAGCAAUUCAGAUCGUACCUUUAGGAUGGUCCAUGAUGUCAGGAACCGGUCUCUUGCUCCUUGGGAUUACAGGCUCGACGAGGACCCCAACCGCUUCCCCCAGGUGAUCGCUGAUGCCAAGUGCCGCCUCUCCAGCUGUGUGAACCCACUGGGGCAGGAGGACCACAGCCUCAACUCUGUCCCCAUCCAACAGGAGAUUCUUGUCCUCCGUCGGGAGCAGCGGGGCUGCCUGCCCACCUACCAUCUGGAGAAGAAAGUCAUCACUGUGGGCUGCACGUGUGCUGCUCCAGUCGUUCGCUACCAGUCCUAGUAGGAAUUAGUAGGGGAGGCGACACUGGGAGGAAAUAUCUCCUACAAACAUCCUGCUGGAGAAAUCCCACAGUCGCCUUGCACACCAGGAAUUCAACAUGACAUUUCCUUUCCAAAUCUGAGCAAAUUACCUCUAGAAAACAGUGCUUCUUGCUGUUAUUAAGCUAUGGAUUUUAGAAUGGGAACCACCAGGAGCUGGGGAUGGAGGGAAGAUAGAGGGAUAGAGGAAAAGUGUUAUCUGUGACUCCAAGCAGAGAGAGGGUAAAGCAGUGUGGUUGGGGUUUUUUUGUUGGGUUGUUUUUGUUGGUUUUUUUGGGGCUUUUUUUUGGUUUUGGUUUGGUUUUUUGCUUUUUUUUCAAAAUUGUGGCUUAUAUCAGUUUGGUGAGUCAAAUGAAUCAUACUUUCAAAAGUUGUCCUUGGCAGUAAAUUGCCCUAAUGUAUACAUAUCAACCAGGAUGGCCACAAAAAAUUCCUCUUUCUUUACCUUCUCCCUCCCUUCCUCACCUCCUAGCCCCUUUUCUGUCUCUGGCCACCCCUGCCCACUAGUGUGUUACCACUGUAAAUCUGACAUAAAUGCCACUGGCCCUGAUUGUCAUCACUCUCUGGGUUUGUGUCACUGCUGCUCCAUGGGCAGCAGCUGCUGGCUUAUUUCAGAGCAUUUUGGGAAAGAAUUGAGUCCACUUGCACUGAACGUUAAAACAGCAAAGUACUAAUGAGUGUGUAUAUUUCUAUUUAUAUCUUCUAUUUAUGACUGUAUUUAUGGCUUUGUAUGUGCUCAGAGUAUCAAAAAAAAAGGUAAAUGUUGAUCUGUAUUUAUUCAAUAACUUA